AUGGCUCCAGUGACGAACGGGCGUCUGCUCUUCACCGAAAUCCCCACCGGGUACCCUGAGCCGGGAAAGACAACCAUCUAUGAUACCUUGCAGACCAUCGACCUCGAGAAUGUGCCGCUCAACGGUGGCGUGCUCAUCAAGACGCUCGUCUUGUCCAGCGACCCAUACUUGAGGGGACGGAUGCGGGAUGCGAAGAUCAAGACCUAUUCCGUCGCCUUCCAGCUGGGGGAACCAAUCGAUAAUCAUGGCGUCGGUGUCGUCCUGCGCUCUGAGGAUCCCACGUUCAAACCGGGAGACCACGUCUUCAGCUGGAAGCUGCCAUUCCAGCAUUAUUCAGUUUUCAACGGGCAAGACCUCGGUGCACUGCGCGUGCUCCCGAACGAGGAGAAGCUGCCGUGGUCGACAUACAUAGGAGUGUGCGGGAUGCCCGGCAAGACGGCGUACAUGGGAUGGACGGAGUAUGCCCAUCCGAAGAAGGGCGAAGUCGCAUUUGUCACUUCAGGCUCAGGCCCCGUCGGCGGCACUGUGAUCCAGCUCGCGAAAGCGGACGGCCUGAAGGUGAUUGCGUCCGCCGGCUCGGACAAGAAGGUCGCAUAUCUGCGUGAACUCGGUGCGGACGUUGCGUUCAACUAUAAGACCGUGCCCGUGAGCAAGGUCCUGCAGAACGAGGGCCCCAUCGACAUAUAUUGGGACAACGUCGGUGGCGAGAGCUUUGAGGCCGCGAUCGCCACGGCCAACCGACGCGCGCGGUUCAUCGAAUGCGGUACUAUCUCAGAAUACAAUAACGAAACCCCGUACCCAGUCAAGAACCUGAAGCUCAUCCUCUAUAAGGAGCUCCAGAUCUCAGGCUUCAUCGUCACCGGCCUCUACGCCAAGUAUGAUGAGCAGUUCUACAAAGAGAUACCGAAGAGAGUCGCCAGCGGCGAGAUCAAAUACAGUGAGGACUUCACGGAGGGCCUGGAGAACGCCGGACAGGCAAUACUGGAUGUGCAGCUUGGGAAAAACAAUGGGAAGAAAAUCAUUAGAGUGGCUGGCGAGUGA